GCAUGUGUUUAGGUAAAGGUUUGUCUUAAUAUAAUACAAAAGGACUGGCAAUCAUUAAAUUCAAUAGAAAAGGUUAUUCUGGAACGGCAUAGUAAGUAUGGACAACAUCUGGCGACAUUUUAUGCAGUUUUCAUGCAUACGACGGCGAGCCUUUUCGUAGUGAAACCAAUCAUGCUGACCCUGAUGGCGGAUAAUGUCAAUAAAACUAAAUCUUCCAUUCCAUUCGAGUCGAGAUUACCCUUCCGUGUAGAAUACGGCAAAAAAUUCAAUCAGUAUAUAUAUCCAAUAGCAGUGCAUAGUUAUGUGGCCGUAGCCGCUCAUUCGUUUGCUACAGUCGUGGCUGAUGCUUUGUAUUAUACCCUCAUUCAACAUGCUUGUGGAAUGUUCUCCAUUAUUGGAAACGUAUUGGAAAACAUUGGAAAAAAUGACACGGAUGAGGUUGACACGAAAUCAGAUAAGAUUAAAGACGACAAUUAUUAUAAAACUUUACACUGUUUACGUAGACAUCUCGGUGUAAUAGAAUUUUCGGAACAUAUUGAAUCUGUAUAUACGAAGAUAUUUCUGAUAAAUCUUAACUUUAACAUGAUUAUUGGCAGUUUAUAUGGUAUACAAAUGUUGAUAAAUCUUGACAAGGACGUGAAUGACAUCGUCGCACCUAUUAGUAUGUAUAUUGGACAACUCAUUCAUAUGUUUCUUCAUUUCUGGCAAGGUCAAUUUCUACUGGAUUACAGCAUCCUUCCGUACGAAUCUAUCUGCAGGGCGAAUUGGUAUUACACUUCGCAAAAGUGUCGAAAACUUCUGCUCCUAAUGAUGUACAGAACAGUAAUACCUUGCAAAAUAACAGCUGGUAAAUUAAUGAUUCUAUCUAUUGAUAAUUUUGCCGUGGUUGUGAAGACUUCUCUGUCUUAUCUCACCGUGUUCCGUUCUUUGCAAUGAUGAUUUGGCGCAUUUAAAUAUUCACUCAAAAACUACUUAAAUUAAAAUG